UUUUUGUCCAAGCAAAAUAAAAUCGACGAGCGAUUGCUGUGUGACAGUGAUUUGAUUGACUUGACGCGUUUUUUGGACUGAAUUCAAUUCACGCCCACCAUGCGACUGCGCUUGGUGGCCGCCCUUGUUGCCGCUGCCGUCUUUGUCCUUGUGUCUGCGUACCUGGGCUACCAAGCAGGCCAGCUCGAUCGCAGCAGCGAAGAGUGGGAUUUCUAUGGAAGCAGCGAACUCCGACCAGGUGAGCGGAAGGAAGAGAAACCGAGCCAAGAUGAAGCGCCUGUUGUCCGUGCUGCUGCUGCUGCAGACGCAGAUCGCCCAGCUCCAAUCGUCGUGGACAAUGACGUGAACGCUGCUCUGCAAAACGCGUUGCAGCGGGCGGACGCACAGCCCCGCAGCACGGCACGCGCUCCGCUGUCGCACGUCCGGCGCGCAGCUCGCUACGAGGUCGAGAUAUGGUCCAAGGCCGCCAUCGGAGACUACUUUUGGACGGACAUCUUCCGAGGCUCGACAAAGUACAUUGCGGACGGGCACUACUCGCAUGGAGAGCAGAUUGUGAGCGACGUCCGCCUUCGCUUUCGUGCAGGAUCCGGCCUCAAGCCCGCCAAUGCCCCGCCCACGACGCGUCAUGUGGUGAUGAUUCUGAAUGCCCACAAUCCGGAAAAGAUGGUGACGGCAAAGGCCUUGCUGGACGAACUGGCGGGCUUGAGACACGUGCGAAACGUUGGGCUCGUGGUGCUCGGCUCUGAACUGUGCGACAACCAGUGGCUGGAGCCCUACCUGCCAUUUGUCAAGUUUGUGUUCAUGGUCUACCAUGACGCCAGCAUGAUUGACAACGACAAGAUCUUUGAGUGGCCUCUUGGCAUUGCAACGUAUCGCAAGUUUGAACGUCGGAAGGACCUCGCCCAGCUGCGCCUCGACCAACCACGCGAGUACACCUGCAACAUGAUGGCGACGCUGCACGUCAACACCACCCGCGAGUUGCUCGUUCGGGCUCUCGAGCGGAGUGCGUUGGUGGCGACGGAUGAGACACCGUCGGUCGACGCGAUUCGGGCCAGUGCCUUCCAGUAUCUGACGGCAGAACUGGGACCUGGCCAUGAGCGCUUGAGCCAGGAACAUCUCACAGACAAGAAUCUGUUAGCCAACUACCCCGCGCCAGUCCGCUCGUGUCUCGUGGCCAACCGUGCAAAUUGGGCAGCCCAAGACAGCAAAGAGGAAACUCAACACUACCACGAAGCCCUCCUCACGAGCCAGUUUACGCUUUGCCCGAAAGGCCUGAACGUCAUGUGCUACCGCAUCUUUGAAGCGUGCGAGCUGGGCUCCAUUCCCAUUGUCGAAGACGUCCCGACGCCCGAAUGCGGUCCCGAGUUUAACCAGCUCACCUUGCUCAAGGCGCACAAUGCUCCUUUUAUCUACGUCCGCGACUGGAACAAUAUUGCCGCGGUUCUCGACAACGAGCUGGCCGACAAAGCAGCCGUUCUCAAGCGCCAGCGUGAUGUCGUCGAGUGGUAUGCGACCUUCAAAACCGCCAUGCGGGACAAGUUCAUGUCUGUGUUGCUCAACUCUUUUGCUGGGUUUCAGGAUUAGUCAGAGUUGGAUGGUGUUGGUUUUCUUUAUGCUCGAUCUAUUGAUAUUGAGCGUGUGCUGGUUUUACCGCAAUAUGGUAUCGUUCACGGUCACAAACUGCACAAGUAUUCCUUUCAUCAUGCGGUGACCAAACCCGUAUUGCAGGAUGUAGGGCAAUGGAGUG